AUGUGCAAACUCAGUGUGUUUCAUUUAUUAUUCUUGGCUACAAUCGUCCAAGUUACAAUCGCGCUGAAGGAAGGCGAUUGUGAAGUUUGUAUCAAAACCGUAGAAAAAUUCGCGGCCACGUUAUCAGAUGAUGUUAAAACGAAUCCUAAACUAAUUGAGGCUGAGUUCAAGAAGUUUUGUAAAGGAAGUAAGAAUAAAGAGAACAGAUUUUGUUACUAUUUAGGAGGCCUUGAAGAAUCCGCCACCGGCAUCCUGGGAGAGCUCUCAAAGCCGUUGAGUUGGUCAAUGCCCGCAGACAAAAUCUGUGAGAAACUGAAGAAGAAGGAUGCCCAGAUCUGUGACCUCAGAUUCGACAAACAGAUUGAUCUAAACAAUGUUGACCUGAAGAAACUUAAGGUUCGCGAUUUGAAGAAGAUUCUGAAUGAUUGGGAUGAGGUCUGCGACGGUUGCAUUGAGAAGACAGAUUUUAUCAAGAGAAUAGAAGAGCUUAAGCCCAAAUAUAUGGGUAAAACGGAAUUGUAA